AUGGCUGGAAACACUCUAGAUGAGAAUCCCAAUUUACACGAUCAACAUGGUGGUGAUGUUGAUUUUCAGGUUAUGAGUAGCCCAAACGUUACUGCUGUUGCUGGUGAAGAGACAGGAGGCCAAAUUCCGGUAGUGAACGGGGUGAGGCCAGUUCUGCGUGGUGGUUUGGACCUGGAUGAUGAAGUGAGAGGUGUACCAACGGUUUUCGGACCUGGGACAAAUCAGCCUGGGUUUGGAGACUGGCCGGGACCUGUCAUGGAGGGUCAAAGGGCCACGCGCAGCCCUGACGUAGCAACCGGACCUCUUCAGCCUCGAGAAGGACAAGUUGGUGUGGGAAGUGGAACUAGUGUUUCGGUUGGGCGUCCAUUGGACGUCCCGGCGGAUGUGGCUCCGGCACCUUCGAAUGUGUUCUCUGGGAUGAUGAGGGCAGUACAAGCACUACCCACAACUGUUGAAAGCUUUGUGAAAUCUACGAGCGGGAUUGGCGUGGGGUAUCAGCCGGAGCUUCGUGAUAGUGUGGAGUACGCGUCGGUGACUUCUUCUGGUGGUGGACCCAAGGGUGGUAGAGCUCCUUCGGAAAGCCAGGUUCCAACGACGCCUCUACUGGAUCAGGAAAUGCUUAUGAGAAUGGAGCACCUUCAGGCGAGGGCUCCGCUGAUAUAUCCUUCGGACUCGCCUACGCCUCCACCUCCACAUCCGCCUUCAGUAUCUUCGAGCGACGUACAGGCAGAAGUGAGACGCCAGUUGAUUGAACUGAUGGCCCUUAGGGAUGAGGAGGGUCGUAGGCUACGUGCGCAAGUGGAGGCUUUGGUCAUUGAAAAUAGUGAGUUGAGAACCAGAGCCUUCGACAAUGUACAGGGUAGGUCAAUGAUUUCUCGAACUGAGUCGGUAGCUCAAGGCUUUGCUGGACUUGGGUGGAUAAGUAGAGGUAUUGGUAAUCUUAUGGGUUCUGGAAGGGCAUUGGAUUUGAGGCCGCAGGGUUCCCCGGCGCAUGGUUUGGACUUGACCACUCCCUCUCAAGCCCCCUUGGACUUAGGGCGUUCUCAACCACCUAUGCCACCCAUGGCAGUCCAACCACAAGGUCAGGUCAUGCCUCCAGGUGCAGCCCAACCACAAGGUCAGGUCAUGCCGCCAGGUGCAGCCCAACCACAAGGUCAGGUCAUGCCGCCAGGUGCAGCCCAACCACAAGGUCAGGUCAUGCCUUUAGGUGCAGCCCAGCCACAAGGUCAGGUCAUGCCUCCAGGUGCAGCCCAGCCACAAGGUCAGGUCAUGCCUUUAGGUGCAGCCCAGCCACAAGGUCAGGUCAUGCCUCCAGGUGCAGCCCAGCCACAAGGUCAGGUCAUGCCUCCAGGUGCAGUCCAGCCACAAGGUCAGGUCAUGCCUUUAGGUGCAGCCCAGCCACAAGGUCAGGUCAUGCCUCCAGGUGCAGCCCAGCCACAAGGUCAGGUCAUGCCUCCAGGUGCAGUCCAGCCACAAGGUCAGGUCAUGCCUUUAGGUGCAGCCCAGCCACAAGGUCAGGUCAUGCCUCCAGGUGCAGCCCAGCCACAAGGUCAGGUCAUGCCUCCAGGUGCAGUCCAGCCACAAGGUCAGGUCAUGCCUUUAGGUGCAGCCCAGCCACAAGGUCAGGUCAUGCCUCCAGGUGCAGCCCAGCCACAAGGUCAGGUCAUGCCUCAGGUGCAGCUCAGCCACAAGGUUUUGCCUCCGCUUCCGGAGUUGAGUGCGGACUCUUGCUUGGCAUUCGCUGACUGGCUUCACAAUGUAAGACCCGCAUUGGCGGAUGUGAGUGACAACUCAGAAGAGCUUUGGUCCAUGGUCGUCUCUGAGGCUACAACGUGGUACGGAACCUACUUGAAGCUUGACCCGAUGAGCAGGAUUGCCUCCAAAGCGGCUCCAUGCACCUUUUACGUCCAAGCAAACGGGUGUAAGAAAGGAAAGGAUUGCGCUUUCGAGCAUAACUGGGCAGCGUUCAGUGCCGCUGAGAAGGGAGCUUCUUCAACUGUCCAGGGAACACCGGUGACCUUAGCCUCUCUCUCGGCACAGCUGGAGACCUUAAGGAAUUUAGCCCAGGAGCAUGAUGUGAGGGCCGUAGCAGUAGCUAGCGACGAGAUUGCAACGUCGCAGGCAUUGCAGCAUCAGGGAUUGAAUGCCAGGAUGCAUGAGUGUGAACGCAAGGUCGCAAUGUUCCAGGUUGAUAGCGAUACUGAUGAAAGGUUGAUCAAGGCACUCGCGCUCCUGGAUAGUGGGGCGACACACGCAGUUGUUCCGUACGAGCAGUCAAUGGGUCAGCUGGACACUGUACCAGUUACUUUGGCCGGCGAUUCUCGCCAGAACUGGAUGAGAACCGCAGGAGGAACGCUUGUGGUUCCCCCUCCUUCGCAGGGACGAGGCUGGGACCUCACCAAAGGGAAUGCUGUGUGGCGUGUGUUGCUCUGGGCAGCGGUGCUGUGGUCGCUGGCUUCGGUUGCCCGUGGAUCUGCUGUGCCUUAUGUAAGGGAAGUUCCAAUCGAGGACUGGAAGGACUAUCAGACCUUCCUAGGAUGGUGUUUGUUGUCAAACUUGGAUCUAGGGUUUCUUGGCCAGCUUGAUGUCUCGGAAGAAGGGGCAACCGGUAAGUUCGAUCCAGGUGCAUCGUGUGAGGUACUCGAUAGUAUCAUUCGUUCAGCCAGCUGCGCCGAGCUCCUUGCAAAGGAGCAACAGAACUUGGAUGAUUUGGAGGAAGAAAGGUUGAAUGCAAUGUUUGAGCAAGAGAGUGUAAUUUCUUCUUCUGAGGAGGAGUCAGAAAACGCCGACUAUGAUGAGGAAGCGAAGGAAGGCUCACCCGAGUCUAAGAGCGCAGAGGUCAAGGAGUUUAAAGAGGUGUCCGAAGCCGAUCUUGAAGGUUGGAAACGUCACCUACUUAGCGGGCAUGUCCCAUAUCGCAGGGAUUGCAAGCAAUGCGUGGAGGGCGCUGCGCUGGGUGCUUUCCAUUCUAAGAUAAAGCAUCCGCGAAUGUACACCUUGUCUAUAGACCUCUUUGGCCCGGUACCUGUGGAUGAAGCAGGGCGUGAUGAGACCUGUGUUACUGGGAAGUGCUCCUUAAGGUACGGCCUAGUGGGGGCCUUCAGGCUGCCGAGGUCUGUAAUAGAGGAUUCGUUGAAACCCGGCAAUGCUAAGGAAUCGCCUAUGCAACAGGACGGCACCGGUCAGGUCCCGGAUGAGGUCAGGUAUGAGGAGUGCAAGCCUUCCGAAGUUGAGCCAGAGUUGUUUCCCGAGCUGUUUGAAGGGGAUCUGGAUGUGCCUGCGUUGAGUGCUAUUGAAGCCGAGGGAGUUGCAACCUCCUUGUUUGAAACCACAUCUGAUGUUCCGGAUGAUCCGGUGCGAAACUCCCCACCCAGUGGUGGCCCCUUGCGGGGCGAUGGGUAUGCCCAAGGCGCAGAGAAGGUCACGAUGACUUACAGCCUAUCCACAAGCGUCACGGAGUUUGAUGCCCGGCCAGACCCUCCCAAUCUGACGUCGCUGACGACAGGGGAGGUGCAGCUCAUUGAUAGGUUGCAGAGGAAGAUCCCUUGGAUAUUCCAGAAUAGAACCUUGGGUGUCCAUAGUCCAGGUCCUCCGGUGCCCGGGUUGGGAGUUAGGGGUGAAGAGCGAAUUGAAGAGGGUGAUUGGAUUGUAAGUGAGGAACGGCGUAGAAAUGAGCAAAGGUGGAUCGAGUACUGUGAUCGUCCCAAUGAACCGGGGCCAUUGCAACCUUUCGCUUUAGAGUUGCCUGAAGCCGCCACCUCUUCGAGCCACUUGCGGCGUGCCUCUGAGGACGAUCUACCGCAGCCUGGCAUCAACUGUGCAAGUAAUGAGGAGGAGUCAACCUCCAACGCCCACUUCAUUGAACCUCCCCAGGAGUGGAGACCUAGCACUUACGAAGACUAUGCAGAAUACUGCGUUGAAAUGCAAGAUUUGUGGAACCAGUUUGAGUGUGGAUCCAGUGAGCACACCUCGUCUCAGGAGGAGCGUGCUAGAGGAGUCAUCUCUUCCGCUCCUGAAAGCUCAGAGGAUGAUACCUCUUCCAACUAUCGAUGCAUGAUGGUGAGCACGCCAGAUGAUGGUGUUGAAGCGGAAGUUGGUGCCUUAGAAGGAAUGAAAGGUAUCAAGAGGCUCAAGGGGACCGAGGCUUUGAGAGCAGCAGCCAACCCGGAUGCCUUGAUUUUGCCGGCGAAGACGGUUUUCACAGUGAAACCGGGAAGCGAUGGUAGUUUGUUUCGGAGGAAAUGCCGGGUGGUAGGCUGUGGGAAUUUUGAAGAUAAGGAUCCGUCCCUUGAUCUUUAUGCCUCAGGUGUGCCUUCGGAAGUGCUGCGCACAAUUCUGAUUGAAUGUGCAGUUCGGGAGUUCCAUGCAUUUAUCACAGAUAUUAAAAACGCCUUCUUGCUGGCCCCGCUUCCGCAGGGCAUGCAUGGAAAAAUCCUUUUGCGUCCCCCCAAGGUUCUGGAGUCCAUGGGCAUUACAGAGCCCAAUGAACUGUGGGAAGUCUGCAAGGCAGUGUACGGCUUGAGGCAGUCGCCUCGAUGGUGGGCUGAGUACCGGGAUAGUGUGUUGCGUAAUGCAUCCUGGGAAGGCGCCACGGGCCCCACACGUUUAUGUCAAUCUGCAGUGGAAGGGAACGUGUGGAAGAUCCUGAAUGAAGGUGAUGAACUUGUGGGUUACGCACUUGUGUAUGUUGAUGAUAUUAUGUUCCUCACCACCUCGGAGGAAGCACGGUUAGCACAUUCUUGGCUUAGAAGCGUGUGGCAGUGUACUCCCUUGGAGAACACGACUGAAGGAGCACAUGUGACCUUUCUGGGAGUCGAAAUUUCCUAUGGCAAUGAUAGUCAAGGGAAUUCCGGGGAAUGGGUGCGAGAUCUGCCAGAAGAAGAAAGUGAUUAUGACGCUGAUACUCUGAGAAGAGCGCAAAAGAUCACAGGGGAGCUGCUAUGGCUCACUCAGCGAACGCGUGUCGAUCUGGCUUUUGCUGUAUCCUUGAUGGGCCCCAAACGCAUAGUGGUGUACUCCGACGCGUCCUUCUCCCCUUAUGGUUGUGAAGCUGUGGUUUUGGCGCAGAGCACAGAGGCGAUGAUCGCUGAUCUUGCCACGGAUUUGGGAGUUAAGCACCUUAGGGUUCGGUCGAACUUCGUGAAAGAGAUGGUAGACAACAAGGACCUGGAGGUCCGCGGCACCUGA